AUGGCAAUCGGUAUAGCCCAGAUCCCGGCAAACAAAGACCUAUUUCGCAUUUGCGAUUGGAUCUCUCUUCCGAGAAGUCAAACGUAUUUGGAUAUCGCUGCACUAGCCGCUUCGGUUGCUCGUGAGGGACCUUGCUUGUGUUACACGGAAGGUAUGUCUUGCGCGUCGCUCUUUGCGCGGCGGGUGCCGCUUAUUGCGCGACCGCUGGUUAGAACGCGAGUAUCGAGAGCCACCAGUGUGUGGCAGGGAACGCUAAAAGAGGGCUCUGGAUCAGUUAGUGUCGGCAGUGGAACGAUCAAGGAGCUGGUACUGAAACCUGCUUUUACACUUUGGCUCGGAUAAUUCCUAAUGCGCAAAAGUAGCCCAUGCGUCAAACUUCAUGUGUAGCUGCGUUGUUCAUGUUCUGUGACUGCUGGAUCUUCUUACUGAUAAGAGUCGCAUUCAGGUCUCGAACCACUACAGGAAUACUCAUUUGCAUCACGCUUUGAGACGGACGAAACAAAGUGCAACCCGGAGGAGCUGAUCGGGUCGGCAAUCUCCGGCUGCUAUUCCAUGUUUUUGGCUGCACUCCUGACAAAGAAGGGCCUGAAUCCAGAUGCAGUACCUAUUCGAUUUUUAGUCACGUCAGGCCUCCCCAUCCUGCUUUUUUUGCAAUGAUUUUGUAGAAAUUCAGAAGUUCUGUAUGCUUUUGUUGCCCUGUCUCCAUCUCGGUUUUUCUCACAUCUGUUUUGGUACGUGACAGUAUUUUUCUAUCACCUGAGGUGACAACCACGGCAACAGUGACGCUCGCGGAGGGCCCGCUGAUUUCGAGCAUCAAGCUUGCCACGGAAGGAAAGUGUUCCGGUGUGGACGCGAAAACUUUCGAGGAACUUGCACUCGAGGCGAAAGAAGGUUGCCCAGUCAGUAAAGCACUGGCUGCUGUACCAGAGGUGACGCUUGAGGCCAAGCUGCUGUAAAUGGUAUAGAGUCUGACUGCAGUGCCAGUGUGUAAGAAAAGUAGAGUUCUUUCGGAACAAUUAUGCAUAUAUUCAAUUUCGCAACCUGAAUGAAGUAGAUCUAGACAUAAGCAGUCUUCUGUGAUAGCGACCUAUCAUAGAUUUAUACAGACGGGCUGGUGUCUGGGACUAGUGCCUCGACACCAGGCAGACUGCUUGCAACAGUUGCAGUUCUUGUCAGACGAAAUUUCAAUGCAAAAAGGUACAAGUUAAUAACUCAGCCGUGGAAGACGUGAUGGUACUGGUUCUCUUUUCGUUAUGAAAUCACGAGCAGGUGCCAGUUCGUCCGCUAUGUUGAAAUCGUCACUGUGACAUGGCUAUCCUUGCGGUAAUAGCAUACCUUCUCU